AUGUGCUCCCGUGGGUCUUGCCACAGCCAUGAAACCUCCUGCCACAGAUCCCGCUCCUCCUGCCAUGACUCGGAGCCGUCCUGCCACUACACCAUCCAGAGGCAGCCUGUGCAGAAGUACACCUAUGUGACGCCCUGCUGUCCCCCUGUCCAGCCCUGCUGCCCCCCUGUGCAGCGCUAUUACCCCUCCAUCCAGCCCUGCUGCCCCCCUGUGCAGCGCUACUGCCCCCCCAUCCCCUACUGCCCGCAGUACACCAAGAACAUCUGCAAGCUGCCGCCGACAUGCCCCAAGUACUAA